AUGUCUGUCUCAUUAGAGAAAUCAAGUUCUCUGGCUAGUCGUUUUCGGGAUGCUCUUCCUUCUAUCUUGAAAAAGUCCCGCAAUACUGAGAUUUGGGGUGUUGAUUUGAAGCAUGCGGAGUGGCAGGUACUGGAGGUGAUUUUGGAAAAGUUCCUCAGAAGCCAUUCCACAAUCCCCGCACUUCAAUUUUCUAGGGCAAGUGCCUCACUAGAGAAAACUUUGGAAUGGCGACGCUUCUCUGACCCGAGGGCUCUUCUUCCUGAAGCACAGUCCAUCCUUCCAGACUUAGACAUAGGCCAUAUCACUUUAAAUGAGGGCCAAUAUGUGCUGUGGGUUAGCAUUGAUGAGAUGGCGAUUAAGGGAUACUCACCAAUACAUGAAAGCCUGACGACAUCUCAAUGGAUGGUGCAGUUAGGUCUUGCUGUAAUGGAAAAGCUCUCCAUGCUUCUGAUGCAUUCAGCCGCUAGUUCUGAUCUACAUGACUAUUCGGCUUCCUGUGUGAUCGAAUUCAAGAUACAUACCAUUCAAAAUGCCAAGAAAGGACAGCAGUCCUUCCAGGGAAAGAUCUGCAACGCCCUUGAGGAAUUGGUGACAUUCAUCCGGUAUCACUAUCCUAAUAUUCUGGGAAAGGCAUACAUCAUCAAUCCUCGUGAUGAAUACCUCGCAACUCUUGAUAUCGAUGAAUCUCUCUUGAGAGAUACGGUACUUUUGGAAAAUCCAGAGGACCUUGCUCGAUAUCUUGGAUCACAGCUUCCACCUCGAUAUGGCGGUACUGGGGAAUCGCUUGCGGAGUCCGAUUUUCUCCGUAGUUGUUCCCUCGCGAGGGAUUCAGCGGGGAAAACCGACCUCGAGAUGCCAGAGAUCAGUGCAGCAGCCAGUACUGACAUAGAGAAGACCGGAGAGAAAGAAGAAACUACAGCUUCCGCUACGAAUAGCGGCAGCACCUCUCCUGAAGGCUUGGAAACAGAGGAGCAAAAACUUCGCGUAAUUUACUCAGGCGUCAUUGGGCCUCCAUCUAUCAUACUCGACCCCGACGAUUUGCACAGAGCAACCUGCCUUUGUCCCGACAAAAUGGGCGCGCGUGUUGUUUUCGCAGAUUCAGAGACGGUUGCGAAAUUCGGCCAUGGUGUUCGUCUAGCCGAAGCCGAAGCGUUACAUUUGGCAUCUACCCGUACCACCAUAGCAACACCAAGGCUUCUCAGUGCAUAUAUCCUUGAUGGCGUUGGAUACAUCAUAAUGUCAUAUGAAGUGGGCGAGUCACUCGGAAAAUACUGGGAUCGUGUUUCGAAGGUUGAACAAAGUCGCGUACUGGAGCAGUUACGGGACUACGUAAACCAGAUGCGUGAGAUUCCAGGGGAUUUCAUCGGUGGAGUCGACGGAUCACCCUGUCGGGACGGCGUCUUUGAGGCCGGCUACGGCGACUACACUAGCUACAGCUACGGCCCAUACCCAUCCGAGGAAAGCUUUGACGAAGGAAUGAUUCAAGCUUUGCGAGAUCGACUGCCCUCGAAAGUUCUCGAGGGUGAACAUGACAUCGAAUCAGACUUUUUCAACAGCGAGUACAUGUUAUACCAGACGGUCCGAGGUCUCAAAAAUCACAAGAUCUUGUUUACACACGGGGAUUUACAUGCAGGGAAUAUCCUUGUUCGGACUGAUGGCACUGUUGUUCUAUUGGACUGGGGCCUAGCUGGCUUUUGGCCGGAGUAUUGGGAGUUCUACCGUGCCAUGCAUAAUCCACCUUGGAGAGCCUCGUGGGAUCGCAUGGUGGAGAAAUUUAUUCCACCUUUUUAUGUCGAGUAUAGCGUGAUGAAAAGGAUAUUCGCGACCGCGUGGAACUAA